UGCUUGUUUCUACGGCAACCGGGAGGGGCUGGGGUGUCAGGGGAGCAGCGCGGGCUUCUGAGAAAGGAACCGUGGGUUCGAAUCCUGCCUCGACCCAUGACUGCGGCUGGGCGAAUAUGAGAGCCGCUUGAUCCGCGCCAGGGCCCCCGCAAGCAUCCCAAAGCGAGGAUGGUGAUCGUUUCCCCUCUGACCCGCGAAUUUAAAAAGAUGAUCCCGGGAGUCCACUCGGGUUACGAGUUCAGGACGCUAGGAACUGGGCGGAGGACACUGCUCCCUGAGAGUGAGUCUGCAGAGGCUCCUGCUGGACCCUCGGCUCCUCCUAGGACUUCUUGUGCCUGCUUCAAGCUUUGCCAGACUCAGGGUCUUGGUCCUGAGAGGUGGGCCAUGUCGGCGUCUCCGCUGCGCACGCUGCAGCUGCUGCUCCUGCUGGGCGCGACGUGGGCGCGGGCGGGGGCCCCGCGCUGCACCUACACCUUCGUGCUGCCGCAGCAGAAGUUCACGGGCGCCGUGUGCUGGAGCGGGCCGUCCGCCGCGCGCCCCGCCGCCGAGGCCGUGAACGCCAGCGAGGUGGCAGCGCUGCGCAUGCGCGUGGGCCGCCACGAGGAGCUUCUGCGCGAACUCCAGCGGCUGGCGGCGGCCGACGGCGCGGUGGCGGGAGAGGUGCGCGCGCUGCGCAAGGAGAGCCGCGGCCUGAGCGCGCGCCUGGGCCAGCUGCGCGCGCAGCUGCAGCACGAGGCGGGCCCGGGGGCGGGCCCGGGGGCGGGGCCGGGCCCAGGGGCGGAGCCCGCCGCGCUGCUGGCGCUGCUCGGGGAGCGCGUGCUCAACGUGUCCGCGGAGGCGCAGCGCGCCGCCGCCCGCUUCCACCAGCUGGAUGUCAAGUUCCGGGAGCUGGCGCAGCUGGUCACCCGGCAGAGUGGCCUCAUCGCCCGCCUGGAGCGCCUGUGCCCGGGGGGCACGGGCGGGCAGCAGCAGGUGCUGCCACCACCUCUGGUCCCUGUGGUUCCAGUCAGUCUGGUGGGUGGCACUAAUGACACCAGCAGGAGGCUAGACCCAGCUCCAGAGCCCCAGAGAGACCAGACCCUGAGACAGCAGGGGCCCUUGGCCUCUCCCAUGCCUGCAGGGCACCCUGCUGUCCCCACCAAGCCAACAGGGCCAUGGCAGGAUUGUGCAGAGGCCCACCAGGCAGGCCACAGGCAGAGCGGCGUCUAUGAGCUGCAGCUGGGCCGGCAUGUAGUGUCAGUGUGGUGUGAGCAACAGCUGGAGGGGGGAGGCUGGACUGUGAUCCAAAGGCGACAAGAUGGGUCCGUCAACUUCUUCACCACCUGGCAGCACUACAAGGUGGGCUUCGGGCAGCCUGAUGGGGAAUACUGGCUGGGCCUGGAACCUGUGCAUCAACUGACCAGCCGUGGAGACCAUGAGUUACUGGUGCUCCUCGAGGACUGGGGAGGGCGUGGGGCGCGUGCCCAUUAUGAUGGUUUCUCCUUGGAGCCUGAGAGCGACUACUAUCGCCUACGGCUUGGCCAGUACCAUGGAGAUGCUGGAGACUCUCUUUCCUGGCACAAUGACAAGCCUUUCAGCACCGUGGAUAGGGACCGAGACUCCUAUUCUGGUAACUGUGCCCUGUACCAGCGGGGAGGCUGGUGGUACCACGCCUGUGCCCACUCCAACCUCAACGGCAUGUGGCAUCGUGGUGGCCAUUACCGCAGCCGCUAUCAGGACGGCGUCUACUGGGCCGAGUUUCGUGGUGGGGCUUACUCUCUCAAGAAGGUUGCCAUGCUGAUCCGGCCCCUGAGGCUGUGACAUCUGUCCAUCUGUCCCCCAGGCCCAGGGGAUGUUUGUCAGCAGGAGCCCAAGUUAUCCUGGCCACACUUGCUUUGUGACUUAGUGUGGGCCAUGGCCCACAGACCUUCUUCUUGUAUCUGCUCCCCAGGGCCCUGGAAUGCCCCUGCCAGUAUCUCAGACCCCAAUGGCUCCCCGAGAGCAUUUAGAUCUCAGUUUGAGCUCAUAUUUUAUAACAACACAGAAUCUCCACAGA